GAGGUGUCUCCGUCGCCCCGCGACCAUUGCCCUCGACGCACAUCGGAUAUCUCCCAAUCGCCGACUACAGAGGUGUGUCGUCGUCCCACGCCAGGCUUACAUUCCCGUGAACAGGAUUGAAGUCAUCUCAGCAUUAUUUCCAUAAAUAUUCGCUCCAUUAUUCUUGUAAAUUGCUUCAAUGGCUUUGGGUUCUCACAGAGGUGGUGGUUUUUAUGGAGCCGAACCCUACCGGUCAAGAGAUGGAUUGAGUACAAGACAGGUUGGCAGUUCAGAUGAAAUACAGCUGCGUAUUGAUCCAAUGCAUGGAGAUUUGGAUGAUGAAAUCACUGGUCUUCGAAAACAAGUUAAACAGCUUAAAUAUGUUGCCCAGGAAAUUGAAUCAGAAGCUAAAUUCCAGAACGACUUUAUUAGCCAGCUGCAAAUGACAUUGAUCAAAGCUCAAGCUGGGCUGAAAAACAAUAUGAGGCGGCUUAAUAGGAGUAUCAUCCAGGAGGGAUCAUCCCAUGUAAUGCAUGUUGUACUCUUUGCACUGCUCUGCUUCUUUGUCAUCUAUUUGCUGGCCAAGCUCUCACGGCGAUGAAGGGGAGUCUCGCGCAACUCUUGUGCUACUCUACUUGCACAUCGCCUGCGUGAAAAUAUAUCAAUAUGUUUUUAAAAAUAUACUCAAUUAGACUUGUGCUCGUGUGUUGCAUAGGAAGAAUAUUUUUUCAUAUUUUAAAAAUAUAUACAUUUGAUCAAAAAGUGUCAUGCAUAUACAACAAAUGUCGAGUUAUGAUCUGCACAAUUUGUUUUAUAAAUCAAAUUAAAAUAUUAACGUGACAAUGAAGAUACAGUGGGGGU